AACAACAAACUUUAAACAUUAUCCCGUGGAAUGAAGAAGUGGUUUUGGGGAAGGACGAAGCUAAUGCUUAACAUUGCAUCUCUCUCCUCGCCCUUCCCUAAGAACCCUUCUCCAUAUAUUCUUUUUAAAUUAUCUGAUGAUAAAAGAAAAGAAUAAGGCACAAGCAGACAGAAAGGAUAUGGUCAUUUAAAUUGAGAUUACCAUUAGAAAAUGUCUUCAAACUCAACUUCGAGCAAUUCAUCAUCUUCCAAGUCAUCAUCCUUAAAAGAUUCACCUUCUUUUCCUCAAAGUGGGUCUUCAUCUCCUAAAAAAUUCUCACCACUUUCAUAUUUAAAGAGCUCCCAUACAUCAAUCCAAUCAUCCAAAAAUGAGUCCAUUUCUAUGCGUGCUCCACCACCACCCUCCAAAAACUCAAACAAGAAGUCAACCAAAUCUAAAGAUCCACUUUCUUCAAAUGUACCCAUAUUUAUUGGGGUUGGGAUAGGUGUUGUUUUAUUCUUUAUUCUUAUGACCAUUACAUGCAUCUGCUGCUGCAAGAAAAAGAAAAAGCCUCACAAUCCAAUGCAAUAUUAUGCAGAUACUUCAGGGUUUAAAGGUGACUAUUAUAAUAGUGGACCACACGAGAAAUGGCAAAAUGAAUACCAAGGGACGGAUUAUGUCGUUAAGCUUCCGCCGCCUCCAAUCUCACCUAGUCCUCCUGGAGCUGGGUGGCAUCCAUUGCCACCUUCUCCAAUGAUGAGCAGUAGUGAUAUGACCUCAAGAUACUCAAGUCCCCAUAGUCCUUCAUUACCACCCCCCUCUCCAAACUUAGCCCUAGGGUUCAACAAGAGUGUGUUCACCCUUGAGGAGCUUGCUGCUUGCACCAAUGGCUUCUCACAAGCCAAUCUCUUAGGGCAAGGAGGCUUUGGUUAUGUGCACAAAGGAGUAUUACCUAAUGGAAAGGAGGUUGCAGUGAAGCAGCUCAAGUCAGGGAGUGGGCAAGGAGAGAGAGAGUUCCAGGCUGAGGUGGAUAUUAUUAGCCGGGUCCACCACCGCCACCUAGUGUCCCUUGUUGGAUAUUGUAUAGCUGGAUCCCAAAGAAUGUUGGUAUAUGAAUUCGUACCGAACAAGACUCUUGAGUAUCACCUCCAUGAAAAUAAUCUUCUCGUGAUGGAAUGGGCUACAAGGCUUAAGAUUGCACUAGGCUCAGCCAAAGGCCUUGCUUACUUGCAUGAAGAUUGCCACCCUCGUAUUAUUCACCGUGAUAUCAAAUCUUCCAACAUUCUUUUGGAUUAUAAGUUUGAAGGCAUGGUUGCAGAUUUUGGAUUGGCCAAGCUAUCAUCGGACAAUGAUACACAUGUUUCGACACGUGUCAUGGGAACUUUUGGGUAUUUAGCUCCUGAGUAUGCAUCUAGUGGCAAGUUAACAGAGAAAUCAGAUGUCUUCUCCUAUGGUGUGAUGCUUUUGGAGUUGAUAACUGGACGAAGACCUGUUGAUAACAAUCACAUAUUUAUGGAAGAUAGCUUGGUUGAUUGGGCAAAACCUAUUCUAUCGCGUGUAUUAGCUGAUGGCGACUAUGAUCAAUUAGCUGAUCCACGUUUGAAUGACAACUAUGAUCCAAUGGAAAUGGCACGUAUGGUAGCAUGUGCUGCGGCUAGUGUUCGCCAUUCAGCGAAAAGGCGCCCCAAAAUGAGUCAGAUUGUACGAGCAUUGGAAGGCGAUGUAUCUCUUGAAGACUUGAAUGAGGGAAUGAGGCCCGGGCAAAGUAUGCUCUUUAGCUCUGGCUUGGAUUAUGAUUCAGGUUCAUAUAAUGUGAAAAUGAGGCGAAUCAGAAAAAUGACACCUCUAAGUCCAGAAUAUAGUGAUGAGUAUAGUGGAAUAAUGGAUGAAUAUGGACACCACCAUUCUGUAUCAAGUAGUGAUGGGAUAUUUUCCGAUGAAUUGAAUCCAAUUGGAAACCAAAAGCAUAGAACUCAUUCACCACUCUAAAAAAGCAUUUGUCUUACACAUCCAUCCAUUAGAGUGAACAAUGAAGUGGGCUUAAUGCUUUAUGGUCAUUUUGUGAGUCAUGAUCCACUUGAUGCAUAUAGAGAGUUGUUCUAAGAAUUUUUUAAAAGUGGAGGAAGACAUGGUUAUGACUUGGACUAUAUGUUCUUUCAAGUUAAAAGAAAAGUUUGGGGCU